AUGGCGAAUCCUAUGCCGACAUCUCCCCAUUCACCCCGUUCACCUCAUUCACCGCACUCGUCCCAUUCACCCCAAGCGAGUGAGAGCAGCCUUUAUUCGCACAAUGGUCCCCGUGAUCAUGGAUACGGCUACGAAGAGAAAAACGACCAAGGCGAGAGUGCACAAUCCCUUCUCUACCGAAACCAGCCCAGCCCGUUUAAUGCGCCAUUCGAUGACCCAUAUGCGUCGACCGAUUCCCUUCGCCGCUACACUCUUCACGACCCUGGUGUGACCAUUUUCCCUGAUGGGCCAUACCAAGACCCCUCAGCGGUCGGGAUGAAUCGUAGCUCCGGCGUUCAAACCCCCAUGUCUGAGACCCCAUCAGAAGCGUGGCAGCAACGGCAAGCACCGGCGGCGGGAUUGCGUCGUUAUGCGACCCGUAAAAUCAAGCUGGUUCAGGGCUCUGUGCUUAGUGUCGACUACCCAGUGCCAAGUGCUAUUCAGAACGCAAUUCAGCGUGAAUAUCGCGAAUCGGAAGAAGGUUUCCCAGAGGAAUUCUCCCACUUGCGCUAUACGGCCGCUACAUGUGAUCCUGACGAAUUCACUCUGCGCAAUGGUUACAAUCUUCGACCCGCCAUGUACAAUCGACACACCGAGCUGCUAAUUGCCAUCACCUACUAUAAUGAAGACAAGGUUCUGACAGCCCGAACUCUACAUGGCGUGAUGCAAAACAUUCGAGAUAUUGUGAACUUGAAAAAGUCCGAGUUCUGGAACAAAGGUGGCCCGGCCUGGCAGAAAAUUGUGUGUACAUUGGUGUUUGAUGGCAUUGAUCCUUGCGACAAGAACACACUUGAUAUGCUGGCCACGGUCGGUAUUUAUCAAGACGGUAUCAUGAAGCGGUCUGUUGACGGCAGAGAAACACUUGCGCAUAUUAUGAUCUUCUGUUUGAAGCAAAAGAACAGCAAGAAGAUCAACUCUCACCGCUGGCUCUUUAACGGUUUCUGCCGAAUUCUAAACCCAGAAGUAGUUAUUCUUCUCGAUGCUGGUACCAAGCCAGGCAAGAAAUCACUUCUUGCUCUUUGGGAAUCGUUCUAUAACGAUAAGAACCUAGGAGGUUCUUGUGGUGAGAUUCACGCUAUGUUGGGCUCGGGCUGGAAGAAUCUCAUGAAUCCCCUUGUUGCUGCGCAGAAUUUCGAGUAUAAGAUCUCGAAUAUUCUCGACAAGCCCUUGGAAUCAGCCUUCGGAUAUGUCAGUGUGUUGCCUGGUGCUUUCUCAGCUUAUCGUUACCGUGCUAUCAUGGGUCGCCCUCUUGAGCAGUAUUUCCACGGUGACCAUACACUAUCCAAGCAGCUUGGGAAGAAGGGUAUCGAGGGAAUGAACAUCUUCAAGAAAAACAUGUUCCUUGCUGAGGAUCGUAUUCUUUGCUUCGAGCUUGUUGCUAAAGCUGGUUUCAAGUGGCAUUUAACUUACGUCAAAGCAUCCAAGGGUGAGACCGAUGUUCCCGAAGGUGCCGCGGAGUUCAUCAGUCAGCGUCGUCGUUGGCUGAACGGAUCGUUCGCUGCCAGUUUGUAUGCGAUCAUGCAUUUCGGUCGGAUCUAUAAGAGUGGACAUAAUAUUCUUCGCCUCUUUUUCCUUCAUAUUCAAAUGGUCUACAACUGUGCGGGUCUCAUUAUGACUUGGUUCUCUCUUGCCUCUUUCUGGUUGACCACUUCGGUUAUCAUGGACCUUGUCGGAACUCCUGGCGAUUCGAAUAAGGACAAAGGCUGGCCCUUUGGCAAUGAAGCGUCGCCAAUCGUGAAUAAUUUCCUGAAAUAUGGAUAUGUGUUUUUCCUGAUGCUUCAGUUUAUCUUGGCGCUGGGUAAUCGACCCAAAGGUUCUCGCCUGGCCUAUACCCUCUCGUUCAUCUACUUCAGUAUCAUGCAGUGCUACAUUUUGGUCCUGUCAUUCUAUUUAGUAAAGAAUGCUUUCACUGGUGGCACUCUAGAUUUUGACAUGAGCCAAGGUGUGGGCAAGUUCCUAUCGUCUUUCUUUAGCUCGAGCGGUGCUGGUAUUGUCUUGAUCGCCUUGGUUUCUACCUAUGGUGUCUACUUUGUCGCCAGUUUCCUGUAUAUGGACCCGUGGCAUAUGUUCACAUCAUCGUGGGCGUAUUUUGCCGGCAUGACGUGCUCGAUCAAUAUUUUGAUGGUGUAUGCGUUCUGUAACUGGCACGAUGUCUCAUGGGGUACUAAGGGAUCCGACAAGAGUGAAGCAUUGCCGGAAGCUCAAACUAAGAAAGAUGAUGCUAAAUCCAACUUUAUUGAAGAAGUGGACAAGCCGCAGGCUGAUAUUGACAGUCAGUUUGAGGCUACCGUCAAGCGUGCGCUGGCGCCGUAUGCGGAGCCGGAGGAGAAGGAAGACAAGAGCAUGGACGACUCUUACAAAGCCUUCCGAACCAAUCUUGUGCUGCUAUGGAUCUUCAGCAAUCUGGUUCUGGUGCUGUGUAUUACCAGUGAGGGCAUCGAGCGAUUCUGUCUGACAAAUACCUCCACCACCCGAACCUCGAACUACUUCUCGGCCAUUUUGUGGAUCACGGCAGGAUUAUCACUUUUCCGCUUCCUUGGAUCUAUUUGGUUUUUGGGCAAGUCUGGUAUUUUGUGCUGUGUCUCUCGCCGUUGA